AUGAAGAGCAAAGAUGCCCAGAUGCUGGAGGCUGAAGAGCCAGGAAUUCUGCCACAGAGAAGCCAGUCCUUUCCUCACGAGCACUGUCGAGUAGUCCUCUACCAAGAAAAGAAAAACCGGAUAUGGGGCUCAGCACUGCCAUUUCCUGGUGGACUUCACACCCAAAAUCCUAACAAGUAUCCUACAGGCCCACCACAUUCCAGUGCAAGUACAAAUUUGGAGUGGGCAUCCAAUGCGGAGAGGCCAAAGCUGUGCCAGGAAUACUAUGUUGGUGGAUUUGCGCUCCUGCCUCUUCUUUAGUUGGUCAACAUUUUCUAGUUCUUCAGAGAGGACUUCCUCACAACAGCCUACACAGAGCAGAGCCAAAGCAAAGGCUAUGCUUGGUGCUCAACUGUGGGCUUCCUCUUUUGGGUGACUGUUAACACUGCCUGGAUGACCAUCUUGCAGAUCUACUGGCCCCUCUGGGGUGCUCUUGGGGACUACCUCUCCUUCACUAUUCCUCUGGGCACUCCCUAA